AUGCAGACCUUUCGAGAAUUUCUCAUCUGGUACAACAACCUAGAUGUCCAACCCUUUUGUGAGGCCCUGGAAAAAAUGUGCGCCUUCUGGAAAGAUAAAAAGAUCGACAUGUUAAGACAAGGUAUUUCUAUUCCCGGUGUUACCUUGACGUACCUCUUUACCACCCUGGAAUCUGGCAUCUUCUUCUCUCUGUUUGACGAAAAAAACAAAGAUCUGUACUAUCUCUUUAAGAAAAAUAUGGUGGGUGGCCCUAGUAUAAUAUUUCAUCGAUAUCACGAGGCGGGAAAAACCAAAAUCAGAGAAAAAGAAGUGGAGGAUCAAGGAAAACAAGCAAAAACCUGUCAAAAGAUUGUUGGAUACGAUGCCAAUGCUUUAUAUCUAUGGGCCAUCAUGCAAGACAUGCCCACCGGAUCAUUUACAAGACGCCGAGAGGAAACUGGCUUCAAGAGAGAAAGUUCUUCCAGGAUGGCAACCGAGUGGUUAGAGUGGAAGGCACAUGACGGAGGAAUUUUUAUACGCCACCAAAUGAACAAUACAGAAAAACGCAUUGGUGAAAGAAAAAUACCAGUGGAUGGUUUUCACGGUCCUUCUCAAACAGUCUUUCAGUUCCACGGCUGCUGGUGGCAUGGGCAUAUCUGUCAUCUUACUAAAGGAAAAGAAAUGAACGAAAAGAGAAAAAGACCAAUGGCGGAGUUACGAGAAGAAACCAAAGAAACCUCCAAGUACAUCAAGGAUCAGGGGUACCAUCUUGUGGAAAUCUACGAGUGCCAGUGGCGUCGAAUUAAGAAAACCAACUCACAAGUUCAGCAGUUUCUUAACUCCAAGUUUAACCGCCCUCUUGAUCAUCACAAGACUCUGACACAAGACCAGAUCUUAAGCGCAAUAAGAAGCGAGUCCCUCUUUGGAGUGGUCGAGUGUGAUGUUCGAGUACCUGAUGCACUAAAACCCAAGUUUGCAGAAAUGUGCCCCAUUUUUAAAAACAUAGAAAUUUCAAGAGAAGAUAUUGGUCAACACAUGCAAACCUUUGCUGAGGAAGAGAACAUCAUGUCACAACCUCGAAGAAGUCUCGUUGGUAGCUAUUUUGGUGAGAAGAUCUUAUUGGCUUCCCCACUCAUUAAGUGGUACUUGGAGCAUGGUCUGGAAGUGACUCAUAUUUAUCAAGUAGUAGAGUACACACCCGUUCCCUGUUUCCAACCCUUUGGGCAAGCUGUAUCGGAUGCUAGACGGGCUGGAGAUGUAGACCCAAACAAAGCCAUCAUCGCAGACACUAUGAAAUUGGUAAGUUGUUUUCCUAUUGAAGUAAAGAAGGAGGAAAUACGUUUAAAGGUACAAAAAAAAAAACCUCAUAUCAAUGUUGUCUCUCUCUCUCUCUCUCUUUUUUUUUUUUUUAGGUGGGGGGACUCAAGUUAUGGAAAGACGAUCACCGAUCAAGAACGCCAUCGAGAAGUCCAGUUUUGUGA